UCAGUAACACUCGAGUCGCGCUGUAGUAUAAAGCUAUUUCAAAUUGUGUAUUCUAUUCACGUGUGUGUUUUAGAUAAUUUUAAUUAAAAAUAUAUUAAAACAAAGUUAUAAAGAUGAAAAGUUCUCAGAUCAUUUACGUCAUAGCUGCGGUUGCAUCUUUGGUUCUAGUCGGUUUGGCUACACCAGCCAAUAGUCAAGAACAACUGGUUGAUGAUAUCUGCCUUGGAUGCAUUUGCGAGGCUAUUAGCGGUUGCAACAUAACAACAUCUUGUUCUGGCGAUGUUUGUGGUCUUUUCCGUAUUACUUGGUUCUACUGGGCUGAUAGUGGAAAGCUGACAGUUAAUGGAGAAUCUGCAGAUUCACCAACAGCUUUUGAAAACUGCGCCGUUGACCCUCGUUGUGCCUCUCAAACAGUCCAAAAUUACAUGCAAUCAUUUAAACAGGAUUGUAAUGGAGACAAUAAAAUUGAUUGCUAUGAUUAUGCUUCGAUCCACAAGUUGGGUGGUUAUGGUUGUCCAGGACGAAUUUUUGGAUCUUAUGCGAGAAAAUUAAAUCAAUGUUUGAGAGCUUAUGGACCAAGUGGUAAAUAGAAGAAACCAACACGAAGUGAGCUGAGGAUGAAAAAAGAAAAAUUUAAUAUUGUGAUAAAAUAAAAUAAGAAUAUAAAUGAAA